AACGUGGGGUGGGACGGAAACCUCGGAGGGCCAAACCUCAGCGACGCGGGAAGUCCAGACGCUGAGGUACCCUGAAGCAGGAGGCCCGGGGCGGAGAAAGCUCGGGGCCCCGGCGGUGGCCAUGGCAGAAAGGCCCGAGGACUUAAAUCUGCCGAACGCGGUCAUCACAAGGAUUAUCAAGGAGGCGCUCCCGGACGGAGUCAACAUCUCCAAGGAGGCCCGGAGCGCCAUCUCCCGCGCCGCCAGCGUCUUCGUGCUGUAUGCCACAUCCUGUGCCAAUAACUUCGCCAUGAAAGGGAAACGCAAGACGCUCAAUGCCAGCGAUGUGCUCUCCGCCAUGGAAGAGAUGGAGUUCCAGCGUUUCAUUACCCCCUUGAAAGAAGCUCUAGAAGCAUAUAGGCGGGAGCAGAAAGGCAAGAAGGAAGCUUCAGAGCAAAAGAAAAAGGACAAAGACAAAAAAACAGAUUCAGAAGAGCCAGACAAGAGCAGGGAUGAGGACAAUGAUGAAGAAGAAGAAAGGCUAGAAGAAGAGGAGCAAAUUGAAGAGGAGGAAGUAGACAACUGAAUAGAGUAGGUUGGGCAGGAUGGCAUUGUAGAAGAUAACCACCUUGAAAUGUCUUUUUAUGAAGCUUUUUCCUUCUGGGUAAAUGGUCUUAGGCAUAAGUGCCUGAGAUCAAUAUAAAAACUUAAUAGAAUGUUCAAAACCAGCUCUCCCAGACUCAGAGCAUCUGAGUAGCAGAAUCCUAUUUUGUGUGAUUGGUCUGAAAGUUAGGACUUUUUAGUAAGGAGGAUUCUGAAUGCUAAUUAAAUUGGCCAAGUGACAUCUUUUGUUUACUUAAGUGUACGUUUAGGUAGUGUUUUGAUCCCCUGUCUUCCUGUCCCUCCAUAAAAGUAAUAAUUUCCAUGCUGCUGGCUGUGUUCCAGAUCACAGAGGCAGUGAAGGCUCAGGAAAAAUAGGGGCUUUGAUUAUGUCAGCCUGUGUUUGAUUGUACAGUAUUUGGCAAUAGUAGCUUAUUAAGAAUGGCCAGGUGGCUGGGGAUAUAGCUUAGUGAUAGAGCACUUGCCUGGCAAGUGGAUGGCCCUGGGUUUCAUCCCUAGCACCAAAGAAAGAGUAGUUGUCUGAAUGUUUCAGCUCUGGGAAACUACUAGAAAGCUGGGAGAAUAAUGAAACCCAGUCUGUCAUCUCUUUAUUUGACACAGUAUUUGGUUUUUGCUAGGUCCAGUUUGCUUUGCUUGCAGCUCUUCUUUAUCACCUGUCCAUUUGACUUGCUGGGGUAGCUGCACUCUGGGUACUUAUGCCUUUAAAAUAGCAGUGUAGAUUGAAGUUGGUCAUGCAAAAGUGCCACUGUGGUCUUA